AUGUCGGAAACAGACCAGGGAGUGACCGAGUUCGUCUUCAUGCACGUUGCCGAGGGCUCGAAGCCCGGCGAGGGCCACGAAAACUUAUUUGGCGCAACAGCACCGGGCCUCAUCAAUGGCCGCUACGGUUGGCAGGUUGAGGACCCCAACUGGAGAAGCCUCGACGACCACAAAGCCUUCAUGGCCAGCCCCGAGUACCCCGCAUUCGUCCAGAAGAUCACAUCCUGGACAUCCAACCUCUCGCUCUUCCACGCCGCGCUGACCCCGCACCCGCCCACCGAGGUGUUUGAAGGACUGACCACGGAGCUGGUGAAACUGCACCUGAAGGAGGGAAUAACGAAAGAAGAGAUGACGAAGACAUACCAUAUUUUCGAGGGGCGCUUGAAGAACGCGAAGGGAUACCAUGCCCAUGCUGGGGGGUGGUCGAUCGAGGAUGAUAACUGCGCGGUCAUUGUGAUUAAGUGGGAUGAUAAGGAUGCGCAUACGGAUUGGGUAAAGUCGGAGGAGGGGAAUGAUAUACUGAAGGGGACGGACGGGCUUCUGUGUAAUGUGGCUAAGAUUGAGAUGUGGCAUAUCAAUGAUGCUGGUGCGAUUACCCCUUUGAAGUAA